AUGGCCCUGAAUAGGGAAGUGAAAUUGCAACCAUUUCAAGCAAAUAAAACUACGUUUUUUUGUGAAAAUAAAAUACAGGCAGAGAGAAUCUAUAAGAAAGAAAAUUGUUCUCGGGAAACUAAAAAUCGUGCUAAUCUGUAUGCGGCUAGAAUACGAGUCCACAAGCCACAAAUGAGGUUCCUCAAGACGCCUUUCAAGAUGACUUCAAUGGGAAAUCAUAUCCCAUUAACAUCAAGAUUGAGUUGUGAGUCCUAUGUUCUGGAGGAAUAUAAAUUCCACAUAGAGAACAAAGUUCAUCAGGGUAGAGCCAAUGAGGGAUCAACGACGAUAAAUGGUAGGAGUAUGGAUGGAGGUAAGGAUGAAAAUUUGUUGAGUGAUGUUGGAGGAAAAAGCGAUGGGUAUGACAGUCUUAGAGACGACUUUGAGAUUUUAGGUUUGAAGGAGUGA